UUCUUAUCCGGCAGUGAACAAAGGAAAGGUGAAAUCAAUGAGCUCCGAGUCUGGUUCUUCAUCACCAAGGAGAGCUCGCAGGGAGAAGGAGGAGGAGCGGCCACGAUUCUUUGAUUCAAAGGCGAAGAGCAUUUGCUGGGCCAAUGCUGAAACGGUGCCUGGCCGCCACCCUGAGCGGUGGCGGAAGGACGCCGCCGGCAACAUUGUCUGCAAACGCUUCUGCAACUGCCAAGGAUGCCUCUGCUUUGAGUAUGACCACAUCAUCCCCUUUUCCAAAGGCGGUGAAUCAGUUGCAGAGAAUUGCCAGAUUCUACAGACAAGGGUGAACAGAUUAAAAUCAGAUAAGCAGGAGGUUGAUAGUUCCCAGCUGAAAAGCUACUCUUGUGACGUUAAGUUCACCGACAAGGAGCUUGACAUUAUCGAAAUGGCCGUCUAUGGAGAUGUUAUCAGGCCAGGAAACCAAUGCCGUUGCAGAACAGUUGCUGAAAUGCUUGGCAUGUAUAAGUCAAAAGACCAGAUGGCUGCUUGCAAGUUGCCCUACAAUGACGACUCCUCGCAGCUGUGAAGGAUUUAAAAA